CAGCACGGUACCACGUGCCAAUUUCUCUUUUCUCUGCUUCUCAUGUUGGCGCUCAGAAGCAGGUGUCUCUUGUCCCCUUUUUCACGGAGGGUGUAUAGCACUGUAAACCCGGAGUCUUCACAAAAAAUACGUGAUGUUCUCCAAGCGCGCGUCAAGGAUGCAAUGCGCACCAAAAAUGUAUCUGCUUCAACGACACUUCGUUCUAUACUUGCAGAGAUAAACGCGGCCGACAAGGCUGCAAACAAGCCAGUGCCAUCCUCGAACAUCAUGUCCAUUCUCCGGAAAGCCUCCGCACAAAGGCAUGAUGCGGCUACACAGUAUACGCAAGCGGACCGACCUGACCUCGCAGAGAAGGAGCUUGCGGAAGCCUCUCUUCUCGAGCAGUUUCUCCCUCCAUUACUGAGCAGCGUGGAAAUUGAUAAAAACAUCCAGGACAUUCUCAUUUCAUUGUCACAUACUUCCGGCGACGACCCCAGGAAAGCGAUGGGAAAGAUCUUCAAGGAAUUUUACAACAGAGUGGAUCGCUCUCUUGUGGACGCAGAACUCGUCAAAACUCGGGUAAAUCUAGCACUCAUAGAGAAAAUGUAAAUAGGU